AUGACCACCGCCUCUCUCUCCCAAAGUGCCCAGAGCCAGACCCUGGGCGCCAUCAUCCCCUUUGCCGUCUUAUCCAUCAUCGCCGUCGUCCUCCGUUUGCUGGCCAAAUCGCUGACUCGGCUGCGAUUUGGCCUCGAUGACUAUUUAAUUAUCGUGGGAUUGGCUUGCUCGCUGGGCAACAUCCCCAAAUACCUCAAGUGCAUGUAUGCGUACCAGAUGAUCUACACCGCGACUAUCCUCUCCGUCAAACUGUCCAUCCUCACCUACUACGUGCGCAUCUUCCAAAUCCGCCCUUUCCGCAUCGCCGUCUACAUCGUCGGUAGCCUGGUCGUGGCCUGGGCCGUCAUCGUGUGGUUUAUCUCCAUUUUCUCCUGCCGGCCGCUGAACGCCUUCUGGGACAAGUCGGUGCCGGCCACCUGCGUCAGCAGCAAGGCAUUCUACGUCGGGAACGCGGUCCCCAACAUCUGCACCGAUGUGAUGAUCUUGAUUCUGCCGCUGCGCAUGGUUUGGGGGCUGCAGACCACUCGUAUUCAGAAGGUCACUCUGUCGGCUAUCUUUCUCCUGGGAGGCUUUGUGGUGGUUUGCAGUUGUAUUCGACUAUCAACGCAGUUCAAAGUCGAUGACCCGGAUUUUACCUGGGCUAUGAAUGGCACCGUGAUCUGGACCUCGCUCGAGGUCUCCUUUGGCGUCAUCUCCGCCUGCCUGCCCACGAUGCGUCCAAUUGCCCGCUGGGCAAUGCGGAAACUGAAUAUCGAGACCACGGACACUUCCAAGUCCUCCCAGCGCUAUUUCCCUUCCAGCCACGUCACCGGGCGUGGGUUCGAGACUCUGUCGGGUUCCGGGGGCGACCCCCAGAUUCAUCAAUUACACACCACCGCAGUCCGCAGUACCAGUCGGACGGAGAGCAAUAAUGGCGAGGAGCUGUUGCUGGGGCAGAUUCAGGUUAAAAAUGAGGUCCGAUUCGAGGCCGAGUCGGUAUAG